AUGCAUUUUACUCGAGCCCUACGCGCCUCUAACGCAGCCCGGCUGACUCUUUUUACUCGCGCGCAAUGCGGUCUAUGCGACAACGCGAAGUUGACCCUGUCGAAGCUGCAGCAACGCCGAGCAUUUCCCUACUCUGAAGUCGACAUUAUGGCCCCGGAAAACAAACAGUGGAAGGACGUCUACGAAUUCGAUGUGCCUGUGCUCCACGUUCAGUCGCCCAAGUCAGACGAUGAGUCGGGGCUUCGUAAGCUGUUCCAUCGAUUCUCAGAGAGCGAGGUAGAGAAAGUUGUCGACGACGCCGAACGUCCCCGCGCAUGUCAGAUCCACUGCCUCAUGAGCGAUCAUAUUUCCGAUGGUGGCCUAGAUGGUUUCUGUCGACCAGAGGACAAGCUCGCCCAUUUCAGACAGGGUCUCUACGCUCAGAAUCCGAAAUGCCUGCCCACGAUCUGGUUUAUCGAUGCACAAGAAUUGUACUGGGAGCGCAAAGCCAGCGCGCGUAUUGUCGAACACAUUAUAUCAAUAAAGAUGGUGAGUACAGCAAUCGCAAGUGGAAGCCUUCCCUUAGGGAUGAACGUUGAGCUUCAACGACUCGCAGCGCCAAUGAACGGAGACAAGACCAUCAACAACGAACAGCAACAGCAACAGCAACAGCCGGAAGAUCUUGUUGCCCAACCUACAGUCCCUGCCACCAAUGGGAUGUUAUCAGAACCGGAACCAGAAAGAGUCCUGAGACCCUCGCGCAUUGCCGUCAUCAUGCUAUCGCUCAGCGCCAGCAUCUUCGUCUCCGCGCUAGACAUUACUAUCAUGUCAACCGCUUCUCCGCGUAUCGCUAGCUACUUUCGCUCAGCUUCGGGCUACACGUGGAUUGGCAGCUCUUAUACAUUAGCCAACACAGCUACGACGCCGACAUGGGGCAAGAUCUCGGAUAUUUGGGGCCAUUCAAUAGGGAUGCUUCUUGCAGGACGAACGAUCCAGGGAGUGGGCGCUGCUGGCUUGAAUACCUUGGUGAAUAUCUGUGUGAGCGAUUUGUUCGCUCUUAGAGAUCGUGGCCUCUAUUUCGGAUUACUGUCCGUUGUCUGGGCAUUGGCAAGCGGCGUGGGACCUGUUCUUGGAGGGGUGUGCUCAGAAAAACUAUCAUGGAGAUGGUGCUUUUAUCUAAACUUGCCAAUUAUCGGCGCAGUAUUCUUCUUGCUCUGGUUCUCCCUCCAGCUGAGCUCUCCUCGGACCCCGAUAUGGGAAGGCCUCAAGGCCGUUGACUGGACAGGCGGGUCUCUGGUUAUUGGCAGCACCCUCAUGCUUCUUCUUGGUCUGGACUUUGGCGGCGUCACUCGUCCAUGGAGCUCGGCAACUGUGGUUUGCCUUCUUACUUUUUCCGCCUUGGCCGGCGCCUUGUUUGUCGUUAACGAGAAAAAGCUUGCAAAGUACCCCGUUAUUCCGAUGGAGCUUUUCCGAUACAGAUCCGGAAUUGGAUCGUUUCUCCUCUGCUUCUGCCACGGACUUGUCUUUAUGGGACAAGCUUAUUAUCUCCCAUUUUAUUUCCAGGCUGUACUAGGCAUCAGUCCGAUUAUGUCUGGAGUCUACUUCCUGCCCUUUAUCUUGGCCAUCAGCAUCUCGGGAGCGUUGACAGGUCUGUUCAUCCAAAAAACGGGGCGCUAUUUGCCGACAUCGUAUCUGGGAUUCAUUUUGAUGGCACUCGGUGUCGGGCUGCUCAUCAAUCUCGAUACUUACCUCAACUGGCCGAAGCUAAUGGCAUUCCAAAUCAUAUCCGGAGCAGGAAUCGGUCUCAAUUUUGAGGCGCCAUUAUUGUCUUUGCAAGCGAUUGUGGGAAAUCACAACGCUGCUACAGCCACAUCAACCAUUGGGUUUGUCCGAACCAUAGCUUGCGCCAUCUCUAUAGUUCUAGGAUCCGUGGUGUUCCAGGACCAAAUGGCGAAGCAAGGUCCAAGCCUUACUGCAGCUCUCGGCCCCUCCCUUGCGAAUCUCCUCUCUGGCGGGAGCGCAGCAGCAAACAUUGACGUCGUCAAUGCAUUACCCCCGGCGCAACAGGCGGUCGCGAGGCAUGCCUUCCACUAUUCCCUAACCAGCAUGUGGGUUAUGUAUGUCGCGCUUGCGGGAGUCGGGGUCGUCGGCGGUUGCUUCAUGCGGUCCCAUCCGUUAAGUCGCGAGCAUGCAUCGGUGGUUUUAGGGCUAGAGCGUGAGCGCGAGAGUCUAAACAGCAAUGCCUAG